AUGGAUACCCUCUUGGAGGUUUGUCAAAGCGGUGAUGGCUACGAGAAAAAGGAAUAUGGGGACAAAAGCUACGGCUAUAAUAACCAAGGCUAUGGCCGCGGGGACCAAGGCUAUGGCUACAACUCACAAGGUUAUGGAAAUGGUAACCAAGGAUACGGUAACAACAACAAAGGUUAUGGAAAUGGUAACCAAGGCUACGGCAACAACAACAAAGGUUAUGGAAAUGGUAACCAAGGCUACGGCAACAAUAACCAAGGUUAUGGAUACAGUAACCAAGGUUAUGGCAGCAACAACAACAACCAAGCUUAUGGAUACGGUAACCAAGGCUACGGCAACAACAAUCAAGGUUAUGGACACAGUAACCAAGGUUAUGGAAAUGGUAACCAAGGUUACGGUAACAAUAAUCAAGGCUACGGACACAGUAACCAAGGUUACGGCAACAACAACCAAGGCUACGGACAUGGUAACCAAGGUUAUGGCAAAGGCACUUCCAAAAGCCCGUAUGGUCACUGUUAUAGUGACUUUGACUGUCCCACGGGACAGUGUUGCAUGAAUGUCAAGGGUACAAUGAUGUGCAUGGACCUGAAUGCCAACAAUGGUGAGUUGGAGUGGUUUAACUUUUUCGAUGUUUACAAAUUAAUUUCCGUCUAA